UUACUUACUCUAUACUAUCAAAUGCAUUCUCGCGCUUCACCAAAUUGAUACCACCAUACUCCCCUCGCCGGCGAACUCCUCCACCGGCACCGUUGAUCUCUUUCUCCGGUGAAUUCUCGCGUCUAAGAAUGUGGAAGUUGAAGGUUGGUGAAGGAGAUAAUCCAUGGCUUCGGUCGUUGAACAAUCACGUAGGACGGCAGGUCUGGGAGUUUGAUUCGAACAUCGGGUCUGAGGAAGACCUAGCUGAGAUCGAGAAGUUUCGCGAAGAGUUUCGCAACAAUCGGUUUGAGACAAAACACAGUUCUGAUCUUCUUAUGCGUUAUCAGUUUUCAAAGGAGAACCCCUCGGGUACAAUUUUGCCCCAAGUCCAAGUUAUUGACAUUGGAGAUGUAACCGAAGAUAAUGUAGCCACCACAUUGAAAAGGGCUCUCAGUUUUUAUUCUACUCUACAAGCUCAUGAUGGUCACUGGGCAGGAGAUUAUGGAGGGCCAAUGUUUCUAAUGCCUGGCCUGAUUACCUCUUCAGUCUGGAGACGGCCCAGUGUUUGACGAAACAGAAAUCUUCUAGGUCCUACAGGAAGAGGUCGUUUAGCUCAGCACAGAGGAUAGCUUGAUAUUAGUUACUAAACGAGAAGUUUUAUUGUGUGUCUCACACAACUUACAUUAGUUGUGUGAGGCUCCUUUUUCUCUCACAAAUUUGUG